GGUGCAUCCCUCUGCUCAUUUCCCGUGCGCGGCCCGGGGCGACUCUCCCCUUCCUCCACCGUCGCACGCCACGAGCCCUCCUCCUUGGUCGCCGCGUCCUUGGCUGGCGAAAAUGGCUACAAACUUCCUGGCGCACGAGAAGAUCUGGUUCGACAAGUUCAAAUACGAUGAUGCAGAGAGGCAGUUCUAUGAGCGGAUGAACGGGCCCGUGGCUGGCUCCUCGCGCCAGGAGAACGGUGCCAGUGUGAUCCUCCGUGACAUUGCCAGAGCCAGAGAGAACAUCCAGAAAUCCCUGGCUGGGAGCUCAGGCCCUGGGGCCUCCAGCGGGCCGGGCGGAGAUCACAGUGAGCUCGCCAUCCGGAUCGCCAGCCUAGAAGUGGAGAAUCAGAGCCUGCGAGGCGUGGUGCAAGGUCUGCAGCAGGCCGUCUCCAAGCUGGAGGCCCGGCUGAGCGCACUGGAGAAGAGCUCACCCACCCACCGGGCUGCAGCCCCACAGCCCCAGCACGUGUCCCCUAUGCGCCAAGUGGAGCCCCCUGCCGGCAAGGCGGCCACCGCCGCAGAGGAUGACGAGGACGAUGCCAUCGACCUGUUUGGCAGCGAUGACGAGGAGGACAGGAGGCACCCGCUGCGUGAGGAGAGGCUGCGGCAGUACGCGGAGAAGAAGGCGGGGCGGCCCGCGCUGGUGGCCAAAUCUUCCAUCCUCUUGGACGUCAAGCCUUGGGAUGGGACAGACAUGGCCCAGCUGGAGGCCUGCGUGCGCUCCAUCCAGUUAGACGGGCUGACCUGGGGGGGCUCCAAGCUGGUGCCCGUGGGCUAUGGCAUCCGCAAGCUGCAGAUUCAGUGUGUGGUAGAGGACGACAAGGGGGGGACGGACCUGCUGGAGGAGGAGAUCACCAAGUUCGAGGAGCACGUGCAGAGUGUGGACAUUGCUGCUUUCAACAAGAUCUGAGCCCCAGCCUCCAGCCGUGGGGUGUGGGGCCCUCAGCCAUUAAAGACGGAGAUUCCA